AUGCAUUUAUACAUUUUAUUGAUAUUAUUGAGAUUAUAUCUAUAUUUAAGGAUGAUCCUUUGAUGCACAUACUCUGAUUCUAAGAGAGAAAAUAGUCUAAGAUAUGACUUGUGAAAAUCACACCAGAGUCACUGAAUUUAUUCUUCUUGGUUUUACAAACAACCGUGAGAUGCAAGUUUCUCUUUUUGUUUUAUUCCUGGUCAUCUAUAUGGUCACCUUGUUGGGCAACUUCCUUAUUGUCACAGUUACGAGUGUGGAUCCUGCUCUUCACACACCCAUGUACUUCUUUCUUCGAAACCUGUCACUUCUUGAAGUCUGUUUCACCUUGGUCAUGGUGCCGAAGAUGCUGGUAGAUCUAGUGUCCGCAAGGAAAAUCAUCUCUUUUGUGGGCUGUGGUACCCAGAUGUACUUCUUCUUCUUCUUUGGCAGCUCUGAAUCUUUCCUCCUCUCUAUGAUGGCUUACGAUCGCUUUGUGGCCAUCUGCAAUCCCCUCCGGUAUUCAGUCAUAAUGAGUAGGUCCCUAUGCUGGUGGAUGGUCAUAGUCUCUUGGAUGUCUGGUGUUCCUGUCUCUAUGCUACAGACAGCUUGGAUGAUGGCCCUUCCUUUCUGUGGACCAAACACAGUAGAUCAUUUUUUUUGUGAUGGCCCCCCAGUGUUGAAACUAGUCACUCAGGAUACAACCAUGUAUGAAAUGCAAGCACUUGCUUCCACAUUACUAUUUAUUAUGUUUCCCUUUUCUCUCAUUUUGGUCUCCUACACUCGCAUUAUCACAACAAUCCUGAGGAUGCCCUCUGCUACUGGCCGGCAGAAGGCAUUCUCCACUUGUUCAUCACACCUCAUUGUGGUGUCCCUUUUAUAUGGAACAACCAGCCUUACCUACUUACGGCCCAAAUCCCACCAGUCCCCUGAGAGCAAGAAGCUAGUGUCAUUGUCCUACACUGUCAUCACUCCUAUGUUAAACCCCAUCAUAUACAGCCUCAGGAACAACGAAGUGAAGGAAGCAGUCAAGAGGACAAUCUCUCACAGUCUUGCAAAAGUUAGAUGUGUUUUGAGUCCUAUUGUGUAGAAUUUUUCUAAACAAAGUAGGGACAGUGGAACCCAUGAACAAAAGCUUAAAAGAAGUAGAAGAUUUGCUCUUAUUUUGUCAAUGUCUCUUACCAUGUGAGGUGGACCUCAGUGUCUCAGUCAGAGUCCCAGCAAG